GUCCUCAGACCCCCCGCGGGGAGCCUCGCUCCGCGCGGCGGGAGGUCGGGCCGUCGCGUGCUCUCUCCCACAGCGCCUCCGCGAGCAAUACAAACAACUAUAGAGGGGGGAGGGGGAGGGGGGAGCGAGGGGGUUGGUAGGGGGGAGAGAGAGAGACAGAGAGAAGCUGAACCCCGCCGCGCCAUUGACUCGGUCCAGAGCUGCGAGGUUCCCGUGUCUCUUGUCUCAAGCCUCGGGCGGAUUGUAAACUUUGGACCGCGGAGAUAACAUGCGUCAUGGAGCGGAAGUUCGGGUGGUGCUGGUGGUGCUCUCGGCCCUGGGGUGGAGCCUGGUUGGAGGUUAUGUGUUCCAGGCCAGCAGACCCAGCGAAGGUGGAGGAGAGACGUCCUAUAGAGCCCCGUCCGUCCCUGACUCCCUGUGGGUGAGCUCCGCCGGGUCCUGUAAGGGGCGGUGCUUCGAGCUGGAGGAGACCCCGCCCCCUGGCUGUCGCUGUGACAACCUGUGUAAAACCUACUCCAGCUGCUGCUCCGACUUCGACGACCACUGCCUCAAGACAGCGGGGGGGUUUGAGUGCACGGCGGACCGCUGUGGUGAGCCCCGGAACGAGGCCUACGCCUGCCACUGCUCCUCGGACUGCCUGGAGAGGCUCGACUGCUGCUCCAACUACAAGGCCACCUGCCAAGGUGAGAGCUACUGGGUUCAGGGAGACUGUGAGGAGAUCAGGAGCGCAGAAUGUCCUGCAGGCUUCGUCCGGCCGCCCCUCAUCAUGCUGUCGGUGGACGGCUUCAGGGCGUCCUACCUCAACAAGGGGAAGACGGUCAUCCCCAACAUCGCUAAACUCAGGGCCUGCGGCACCACGGCCCCCUACAUGAGGCCGGUGUACCCCUCAAAGACCUUCCCCAACCUCUACACCCUCGCUACAGGUCUCUACCCAGAAUCCCACGGGAUCGUGGGCAACACCAUGCACGACACUGUGUUCAACGCGACCUUCACCCUCCGAGGACGGGAGAAGCUGAACCACCGCUGGUGGGGGGGGCAGCCGAUCUGGAUCACCGCGGAGAAGCAGGGCGUGAAAGCCGGGACCUUCUUCUGGCCCUGGGUGAUCCCGUUGGAGCGCAGAAUUCUGACCAUCCUCCGUUGGCUCAGCCUCCCUGACAACGAGAGGCCCUACGUCUACGCCGUCCACUCAGAGCAGCCCGACACCUUCGGCCACCGCCUCGGACCCCUCAGCAGUGAGCUGGACAACCCUCUGAAGGAGAUCGACAAUGUGAUUGGUCAGCUGAUGACCGGACUGAAGCAGAUGGGCCUCCACCGCUGUGUCAACGUCAUCGUGGUGGGGGACCACGGUAUGGAGGAGGCCCACUGUGACAAGAUGGAGUUCCUCAGCAGCUACCCGCUGAACAUCGACGAGAUCUCCCUGAUCCCAGGGUCGCUGGGCAGGAUACGGGCCCGCGACCCCAACUCCAUUACCUAUGACCCUCGUGUGGUAGUGGCCAAUCUCACAUGUAAGAUGGCGGGGCAGCACUUUAAGCCCUACCUGAAGCAGCACCUCCCCAAGAGGCUCCACUACGCCAACCACCGCCGCAUCGAGGCCGUGCACCUGCUGAUGGAGCGCAAGUGGCACAUCGCCAGGAAGAUGCCAGAAGUGAGGCGGACGAGGUGUGGUUUCUUUGGAGAUCACGGCUUUGACAACAAAAUCACCAGCAUGAGGACCAUAUUUGCAGGCCAUGGUCCAAGCUUCAAGUUCCAGAAACAAGUCGCAUCGUUUGAGAACAUUGAGCUUUAUAACAUCAUGUGUGACCUGUUGGGGCUAAAGCCCGCCCCCAACAACGGCACCUAUGGCAGCCUCAACGACAUGCUGCGGGACCCGCCCUUCCUGCCCACCGUGCCACAGGAAGUGACCUCACCCUCACCCACCUCCCCUCCCAAAACCACCGUCACCUAUGACCUGGGCUGCAGCUGUGAUGAUGAGAACAAGGUGGAGGAGGUUUUCCAGCCCUUCAGCCCUGGGCCCGACGAAGGAUACUCCUACAACACCACCCACCUCCCGCUGGGCCGACCGGCCGUCAUGUUCCCGACAGACUACAUCCUCCUGCACCACCUGGACUUCAUCAGCGGCUACAGCAGAGAGCUGGCCAUGCCCCUGUGGACCUCCUUCACCCUGCUACGACAGGGCUUCACCCCCCCUCCCAGGGGGUCCGGAGGGGAGUGUGUCCGACCGGAUCCCCGGGUUCUGCCGGAGCACAGCCAGAGCUGCAGCCUCUACAGCCAGACCCCCGAGACCGGACCCGGGUUCCUCUUCCCCCCUGAGCUGGCUGGGUCUGCUGAGUCGGCCUACGACGCAUCCCUCAUCACCAACACCGUCCCCAUGUACCCCGCCUUCGCCAGGGUGUGGAGCUACCUGCAGGGGGUGCUGUUGCGGCGCUAUGCGGAGGAGCUGAACGGGGUCAACGUGCUGUUGGGGCCGGUGUUCGACCAGGACUACGACGGCCUCCGGGACACCAGCACCACAGAGGCCCCGCCCCCCCUCCCCAGCCACUACUACGCAGUGGUGAGCAGCUGUGAGGAGGUGAACCAGACGGUGGACGACUGUGAAGGAGGUCUCAAGGUCUUCUCCUUCCUCCUCCCCCAUCGACAAGAUAACGGAGAGAGCUGCAACAGGGGGGAGGAUGAGUCCCAGUGGGUGGAGGAGCUCCUGUCUCUGCACACUGCGCGGGUUCGUGACGUGGAGCUGCUGACCGGUCUGGACCUGUUCCGCUCCGCCAACCUGACCCUCAGCGCCGCCCUGGGCCUGAAGACCUACCUGCACACCUUCGAGCCAGACGACUAGGCCGCCCGUGACCCCUGGUGACCCUCACAUGACCCCCACAUGACCCCCACAUGACCCCCACAUGCACCCCAAAACCUCCACUACUUCCCACUGGACCAUGGCAGUACACCCCUUACUCCCCCAUACUCACCUCUUACUCCCCCAUACUCACCUCUUACUCCCCCGUACUCACCUCUUACUCCCCCAUACUCACCCCUUACUCCCCCAUACUCACCCCUUACUCCCCCAUACUCCCCCCUUUACAACUCAUACUCACCCCUUCACACCUCACACUCACCUCUUACUCCCCCAUACUCACCCCUUCACAACUCAUACUCACCCCUUCACACCUCACACUCACCCCUUACUCCCCCCUUCACACCUCACACUCACCCCUUACUCCCCCAUACUCACCCCUUUACAACUCACACUCACCUGGCACACACCCCAUCUGACCCUCCUCUAGUCCCACCCUCCUCUAGUCCAGGUGUGGUCUAGGUUCUAGUCCCACCCUCCUCUAGUCCAGGUGUGUUCUAGGUUCUAGUCCCACCCUCCUCUAGUCCAGGUGUGGUCUAGGUUCUAGUCCCACCCUCCUCUAGUAAGGCGUGUUCUAGGUUCUAGUCCCACCCUCCUCUAGUAAGGCGUGUUCUAGGUUCUAGUCCCACCCUCCUCUAGUAAGGCGUGUUCUAGGUUCUAGUCCCACCCUCCUCUAGUCCAGGUGUGUUCUAGGUUCUAGUCCCACCCUCCUCUAGUAAGGCGUGUUCUAGGUUCUAGUCCCACCCUCCUCUAGUCCAGGUGUGUUCUAGGUUCUAGUCCCACCCUCCUCUAGUAAGGCGUGUUCUAGGUUCUAGUCCCACCCUCCUCUAGUCCAGGUGUGUUCUAGGUUCUAGUCCCACCCUCCUCUAGUAAGGUGUGUUCUAGGUUCUAGUCCCACCCCCCUCUAGUCCAGGUGUGUUCUAGGUUCUAGGCCGACCCUCCUCUAGUCCAGGUGUGUUCUAGGUUCUAGGCCGACCCUCCUCUAGUCCAGGUGUGUUCUAGGUUCUAGUCCCACCCCCCUCUAGUACAGGUGUUGAGGUGUAUAUUUGUAUACAGGUAGUCAUAUUUAUUAUGUAGCAAAACAAACAAAUACUAAACCAUCUUCACCUCUCAUGUUCCCCUCUGAAUACUAUGGAGCUAUUGGUGCUAACAGUAGCACUCACCAGAUGCUAACACUGUCGUGUUCUUGUUGAGAGUAGUUCAAAUCGGGUCGCUUUUAACUCACUUUAUUUGUUAAAGUAUUUCGGUGUGGUAACUAUGAAGCAAAAGGGAGGGAAUUGUAUCUAACACGGGUGGAGAAAAAUACCGUAGAGCUACUUCAAGCCAAGAACACGACAACACUAGCACUCAUGCAGUGCUUAUAAUAGCACUCAGCAGAUGCUAAUGCUAACCCUUAAUAUGUGCUAAUUCUAUACACAGUAGAUACUAAUGCUACAAUUCAUGGUGGGCUUAUGGUAUUACUCACCGGAUGUAAUGCUAGCACCCAUGAAGUGCUAAUGCUAGCAGUAAUCAGGUGCUAUUGCUGUUACUAACCAAAACACUAAUGCUAGCACAGGAGAGGUGCUAUUGCUAGUACUGUGGUAUGUCUACUACUAGACCUAGUACUAGACCUAGUACUAUUGUAAAACUGACCAAGUACUACAGCUAGUACUGUUGUAAUACUGACCCAGUACUACACGUAGUACUAUUGUAAUACUGACAAAGUGCUAGACCUAGUGCUAUUGUAGUACUGACCUAGGAGUAGAAUACCUUAAGAGUGAAAGAGUACCUGAACAGUUGUGAUGUUUUGUAUUUGAGGACCUAAAGUCCGUCACUUCAUCAUCUCCCUUCUGGGAACACAUGAGGCGGUCACUGUGUGGGGGCGCGGCCAUAACAAACUGUCACUUGUAUAAAAAAGCCUUUUAGCCAAAAUAAUACAGUACUGUUUUUUAUAAUCAGAUAAAUGCAGUAAGAAGUAAACAGCAAAUUGUGUUGUGUGACGUAGUGGAGUAAACGUAGAGAGGUCCAACUCAUGUUAAGUACUCUCUGUGUGGAGAGAGAUCUCUGUGUUUUUUAAGGCUUAUUGUGGAACAAUACUCCCGGACUCUGAUUGGCUGGGACUGACGGCUAAUGAGAGCCCUGUUGGCUGUGUCUCCUCUGUUUUGAUUGGUGCAUUAACGUGUGAUGAAUAAAGCAAUAAUCUCCUUCAGAUGCCCAUUCAA